AUGGCAGAAGAACAAAGAAAUCUACUUGAACAGCUUAUGGGAAAGGAUGCAUUAAUACAUCCAGUAAGAAGGCGAAAAGAGCCAGAGAUGACUAGCCAUCGAGUAUGUAAAAGCUUUUUGGUUGGGACAUGUCCUCACGACUUGUUCAUAGGUACUAAGCAAGAUCUUGGAAAAUGCCCUCAACUUCACCUUGAGAAACUUAAAAUUGAAUAUGAGUUUCGGACAAGGAAGAAACACGAGAGUUUUCCUGAUUUCGAAUAUGAGUAUUACACUCAUUUGAGAAAGUAUAUCAAUGAUGUUGAUAGAAAUAUAGCAGUCGCUUAUAAACGGUUGGAACAUACUCCUGAAGAAAAGGAGAAAAUCGCAAAAAUAACAAAAGAACUUGAUGACUUGGAUACUAAAAUUGGGUUGAUGACCCAAGAAAUAGAGUGUCUUGUGAAGGAAGGAGAAAGUUUAAAAGCUAUAUUCGAAUCGGUAAAAUUGAACGAAUUAUGCAAGGGAAGAGAGACAUUGGCAGAAUCCGCCAGAAACAUUGCUGAAAAUGUAGGUCAAACCUCCCAACAAAAGUUACAGGUGUGUGAGGUUUGUGGUGCUUACUUGUCUAGAUUAGACAGCGAUAGGCGAUUGGCAGAUCAUUUGAUUGGAAAGAUACAUUUGGGUUAUGUACAGAUGAGACAAGCAUUUAAUGAGUUGCAUAAAAAAUACAAACGAUCGAGUCAUUAUUGA